CUUUGAAUUUGGGAGUGAUGGUCGCGAGUGCAGCCACGAAGGUUGACGCUGCUGCGGGGGAUGUAGCGCACGGAUCAACGGGUUCUUGGCAUGGGAAGGAUCACCUGCGUCUUUUGCCACCGUCAGCCAAUUGGUAUUGUUCCAAGGUACGUUGUCUUCGGUGUAUUUGCGUUAAAAGAAGGAUACAUUUAGUUUUUUAGUGUCAAUCUGAGUGUUUUGUUGUUGCCUGUAGAUUUGUGACUGGGGACGGAGCGACGUCCUUGGACUGCUGUUCGCCUUUGGGGCCAAGAACAGCGUAUUUAUCUACCAGGCGAUGAACGAUGGAGAUGCAGGAGUGAAGGUCGCAUUCGUUGCACAAUUGGUGCGCAGCAAACGUGAUCGCCGUGUGACUGCGGUACAAUUUUUCACGGACACGACAGGUGAACUGCGGCUCGUAUGCGGCGGAGAGGAAGGCAGCGUGCAGAUCUGGUGAGAUUCUGCAUUGGCGAUGAGGAGAGUGAGUGUUGGUAAUGAGUUUUCAAGUGAUUUAUUACAGGGAUGUCGCGUCGUUGACGAUGAUUGAGCAGCACAAGAAGCACAAGGCGGAGGUGAUGGCUGUGACGGUGUCUGCUGCGUUGGAUGCGAAUUUUGUCGUAGCAGGCGAUCGACAAGGAAGCAUCAGCACAUGGGAACGCGACGCAGGAAAAGUGUCCGUCUUUGUGCCGAUCUCAGGUGACGGGAUCCAUUCGAUGGCAAUUUCUCCGCACGACAAAGCGUUGGUGGCCGUAGGAUACCGCAGUGGGGUCUUGUGCCUUGUGGAUGCAGCUCGAGGAACUGUGCGGCACCGCCUAGAUGGUCAUGACCAGGAAGUUCAAUGCGUCGCGUGGAAGGCAAUAGUCAACACUAUCGAUGGUCAAGAUGGGAGAGAUGGAACGUCACAUCGAGAAGUGUGGUUGGCCUCAUCUUCUCGAGAUAAAACGAUUAAGGUGUGGAAGAUCACUUCGAGUGAAGCACCAGCUUUGGACCAAUUGCUGCGACUUCCAACGGGAAAACAAGGAAUGUCGUUUACUCAAACGAAGCAACUGUGGUUACCUGUGGCAUGGAGCCUCAAAGACAAGGUCUCUAGAAAGCACUGCCUUUGGUCAGGGUCGUUUGAUGGCAGUUUGUUUCGGUGGGAGUGGGAUGCUGUCAAGACGGAGGCUCCGAGAGACAAGAAUCGUCGUGUUUCGUGCAAACCUGCGGUCGUAAAAGGCGGCCAUAAUCGUAUGCUCUUCAGCAUAACAAUGGUGUCUCCAACGUUAGCGACCGAGGGCGAUGUGGUGUCCAUGCUUACGGUAUCGUUGGACAGAGAACUACGACUUUGGAAGGAUAAUGGCUCUUCGAAAAAUUUAGCAGCCGCAACGUGCCUGGAGACGCUGGUUGGGUUUGGUGGCCAUGCUUACAGUGUUUCGUACAAUACUGAGACUGGCCUUGUAGCUGCUGGAGUAGGGGAUCAGACAAUUCGGCUAUGGAAUUUGGCUAUUGAGGCGACAUCUGCAAGUGACUACCAAUGUGAUCUGCUGUGGAAGGGCCUGCAGAGUAAGGUUACCUGCGUCCGAUGGCACCCAUUCCAGCACUCUGUAUUGGCGUACGGUAUGGAAGAUGGCCGCAUUGGAGUUUACAACAUACAAACGAAAAAGUAUACCCAUUUUCGUACUAGCCACAGCAGUGAGGUCCAGCAACUCCAAUGGAUAGUUGUUAAAGCGAGGAAGUCGGACGGGUUAGAUGAUGAGGAUAACUCUUUUCUCGAGAGUAUAAAACAACUAGAGGCUGCACAGGCAGACGGCCAGAGUCUGGAGGAAGCGUUAAUUGCUCAGGGAGGCCAGAGAGAUAGGAAGGACACUGGGGAUGAAGUGAAGGUGGUGCUGUGGAGCAGCGAUGCAACUGGCCAUCUUAUCGAAUCAAAUUCUGAUGCAGUCGACCAGAAAUCUCGCGAAAUUAUCGACAAUUGUGUCGCAUUUGAGUGGGACGAGCAAUGUGACGUGGUCGCCAUCGGCCGCUCUAACGGUGCGGUGGAAGUGAUGGAAAUAUGUGGAAGCACAGGAGAUAACUCAGUCGUACACCGCUUUCACGAACACUUGGAGUCAGUAACCUGUGUAGGGUGGAGUAAUGGUACAAAUGCUAACUUGCUGGCGUCCGGAGGUCAAGAAGGGAAGCUUUUCGUUUACAACUGUGGGAAAAUGAGCUCAAACGUAUCACUUUGGAGUAGCGGAUCGGGCGUCGCACAAGAAAACCGUCUUGUUGGCAGCUUUGAUGGUCACUCCAACAAGAUUACAGCCUUGAGGUGGUGCCCUGAUCUAGCCCAAAAUCGUCUCGCUUCUACCUCUGCUGACGGAUCUGUCCAGGUUUGGAAUACAACGUCGUUGCAGAGGGAAGCGCACUUCAAUCAUCAUAUUGGUCGGGUCUUAUCGCUUGACUGGGUGUCGCCUUACACACUCGUUACAGGAGGUGAGGACCAAACGUUGCGUCUCUGGGAUUACAGAGAACAGAAGAAAGACGCAUCGCCCAAACACAAGAAAUACGGGAAGGUGAAGCAACCUCAGCAAGUUGAUACCGUUGCGACGUUGCCUCCUAUCGAGCCUGUGGCAGUGCAAAACGGACAAGAGGCUAACAUAGCUGUCUUGCAUGAAGCAUAUGAAUCCAAAGUGACUAACAGCAAACAGAAGAACAAGAACAUGAUGGUUUUCCAUACCGAGAAGAAGCUCAACCCAGUCGAAAUUGCUUCGGUGUGUUACAAGGUAGCUGGAGUGGGGCAUGAAGCGGAAAAGAACCCGGUUGACUGCCUUCUAGCCCAUAUUGAUCGAACGUCACUUAGGGAUUUCUUCACUUCUGAAUCCAAACGCUUCCGUGAUGAACGAGAAUGGGAAAGUCUUGCCAACACAUUAUUGAUUCAAGGUAAUAUCAUUGAAGCGCUACGGGUCGUUGCCAAGGAAGGGGCCUUGACACCAACGUGGCUUUCGCACGCUCCGAUGGGGGGCAUGGAUGUAUGGCGAGAGAUGACAAACUUGUACGCGCACCAGCUCGACGCCCAAGGCGACAAGAAGGAAGCAGCUUUUCAUUUUGUCAGUAUUGGAAAGAUUCGAGCUGCCGUUGCUUGUCUAGUGAGUGGUGAGGCUUACAAAGAAGCCCUUGCGCUCAUUCGAUCGAGAUUGGGGCCUAAUGAUCCACUGCUUCACGAUACAUUGUGGAAAUACAGUGACUUCCUUACCAAGCGCGGUCGCCAUGGAGAGGCUGCCCUAGUACUUCUCAACAUUGAUUCAGUUAAGGCGAAGACCCGAGCAAUUCACUUGCUUGUGAACACUGGUGACAUUUCGUAUAUCAAAGCUGCACUGGACGUGCUGUUGGCUUCGGUUCAAAGCCAAGCUGAGGCUGCGGAAACGGAUCAAAAGACUGAUAGCGAAGAACUCGCGUUCCCCGCGAGCUUUUUCCUCUCAAUCGCAGGAAAUGCUAUCGCGAAGUCUCAUUUCGCUGUUGCCGAAACCGCGGGACAACUGCUUCGAUCUCGACUGGCUGGAACCUCAUCAGCAUCUCAUCGCUUGACGUGGUGCCUUCUCUGUAUUCUAAAGAAUCUGGAUGAACAUCAGUUGAGGCAAUGCAAGCCUGACGCUGUCAAGGAUGAAGGCGUGACUAACCAAGUCGACAACUUGCUGUCAGACGCACCCGCAAGCGCUCGCGAGUUUUUCCAGUUCUUGACCAGAAUACGUGAAGGCGAUGAGAAUAUUUUUCGCUUGUACUCCAGGGUGGUUUGCAGUAAUGUCCUUGGCAACAUUCAAGAAGAGAACCUGAAGCGGUGGAUGGUGACUCGUACCAACAAGUUCUGGUUUAAAGUACUGAGUGCAUGUCGGAGAUGUGGCUACUGGUUCGAUGGCGACGGGGAAGCUCGUAUUCAAGAAGCGCAAGAUUUGUUAGUCGAAGCAAACUGCUUUAGCGACAUCAACACAGCGUCUUCUCAGCAAGGGACUGAUAAUACCAUUGCGUUGUCGCUGGUGAUGGCUCAGAAGAUACUGCGCUUUGUGAUCGACGCGAUGAGUACAAGUUUUAUUGGUGCUCUUGAGCAUAUGCGCGAGGUUUUCCAGCUUCUGACAGAAGACGAGAUGUCAAAGGAGACUGACGAAACCAACACAGAAGGAACUACUUCUCAUCAAAGCGUUAGUGACCUUCAAGUGAAUGUGAUGACACUGCUGUAUCCGUGCGGCUUUGCAUCACCGAAUGAGUUGCCACAGUGUGGCGAGCUUGCAGAAGAGCAUCUCGAUACACUAGUACUGUGGAGUUCUAUGCUGCUUUCACAGUGCAGAAUCACUCUAGCUGCGUCAGUAUCCACAACUAAGAGCUGCACCGAUGACAGUGAGCAGAAGCUAGAGUCGAUGAUCCGAUCAUUGCUGCACCUGCUUAAGAUCGAGCUCCUAGAUGACGAAGCUGCAAUACCCUCGAACCGAGGCUUAAUGGAUCCUAGCAAUCAAGCGCAAAUCGAGAAGCUGAUGAGUGAAGUUCUGGCGGCGAUCCGUCAGCUGCCAGACGAACCUGCUAUUCUAGAAAAACGCACAGACGAUAGUGAUGGUGACGAAGGUUUGUCAAGCAAGCAAGCUCUUAUAAUUGACGCGAACGACAUGCGAUCGCGUCUUACAUGGAGUGAGGACAAAGUGAACCAGUAAGUUUAAGAAAGCUUGGCACUCGCACCAUGUCCACCACUGAGGGCUGCUUCUAGCUCUUCAAAUGCCUGCUUCUGCAAGUGCUGCGUGUUGCGUAGUCGCUGGAUGAGUUCAAGUUCCUGACGUUCCAUCUCCUGAACCUCCGCCUCGUGCCGCUGCGCUUGCUCUUCCUCAGCACGAAGCUUCUCCAAGGUUCGUUCCCGGUUGUGUUUGUCAAUAUCUUGCUUGUGCAUGAUCUUCUUGACGCGCAGCGCUUCCUUCUGACUGGUGAUCUCUUCUUUGCGGCGGAUGACGUCCAUCAUUUCGUCUCGCUUCUGUUGCUCCAUGAUCUCCUUCCAACGCUGUUUGUCUUCUUUAAGCUGAAGCGCUUCUCGUCUGUUGGCCUCGGUAAGUUGCAUGCUGAUCUCUUUCUUCUUUGGAAUGCUGUCUAUGCUUAGCACGAGCUCACGUUUGGCCUGGAUAGAAGCUUGCGUCUCGCGCUCAAUCUCCAAGGCAAGUUCUUUCAGCAUGGCUUGCGCUUGGGCGUUGUCUUCUCGGACUUUGAGAAGCUCAGCAGCACGACGUCGGGUCUGCUCGAUCUUUUUCCAGGCCUUUUCUUCCUCAGCCUUGAGCAGAGCGAUGCGGUUUUUCAACAUCAAGGCAUCCUUCGACGCUUCUUGUCGUCUCUAAAGACACCAACAAAUGAGGGAUCAGUACCAUUGAUUGCCUAGCAGUAGAUAAUUGUUGUGCACACCUGCUUGGCUUCUAGAAGUCGACUUUUCGGGAUCUCCGUAGCAAUAUCCGCCAUGUUGAUUGAAGCGAUGUCAGCGCUCUAGCAAACUGACGAAAAGUGGAGACCAGGUAAUUUUGGCCCAUGUUCACAAGAUCAGAGUAAAAUUGGCCAAGAUAAGAACACGGACAACGGCAGAAAUACACCGCCACACUGGAUUAGUACCGGACACGGAAGUAUAUUUUAUAUGUAAACUAGACGCGGAGGUCGAGGCCUUGCAGACAAAUUUUCCACUCGAGUCCUCGUUCUAGACACCGCUGUCUGCACCUUUAUCACCAAAAACAUGGCAUUCACAUUUGCCCUCCCAA